CUGAGGAAACUAUUUACUAUACUGAGGACAUGUAUAUUUUUAGUGGACAUGUAUACUAUAGCUACUUGGCACAAGGCCACAAACAUUGUAUUGAGUGUAUACAAUAAAGUCAGAGGCAGAGUAUUGGGAUUGUGAAUUUAGGCCUCUCCUAGAUCAGCAUGGGAGAUUUCAUGAAAACUCAGAAGAGAGGUAUAUGACUUCACAUGAGCAUGGAAUGAGGGAAGAGAGAGAGUGAGCAGAGACUUCCCAAAGGAGAAAAUCCUAGAAUUUACCCUGGGAUUAUGAGUAGAAAUUAGUUAGUAAUGCAAAUGAGUCUUGAGAAAGAUGGAAGACAGAGCAGGAUAACUUAAUCAGAUGUCAUUUUUCUUACCUGAGAAUGCCAUCAAGCUGAGCAUACCCCCCAGAAUUUACCAAUAUGACAGAUGGGAACUUACCUGACAGAAUCACAUCAUUUUCUUUCAUCACUUAUAACAGGAAAACAAUGUCACCAGUGAUCCAAGAACUAACCUACAACACCACAAUGGAACUCUCUGCCACCUUCUUGCUUAUGGGCAUCCCAGGUUUGCAGUCUUCAUAUCUUUGGCUGGCUAUCUCCCUGAGUGCCAUGUACACCAUAUCACUGUUGGGAAACAGCUUCAUCAUGGCUAUAAUCUGCAUGAAUUCCACUCUGCAAGAGCCCAUGUAUUGCUUCCUGUAUGUUCUGGCUGCUGUAGACAUUAUGGCCUCCUCUGUGGUACCCAAGAUGGUGAGCAUCUUCUGCUCAGGAGACAGCUCUAUCAGCUUUAAUGCUUGUUUUACUCAGUUGUAUUUUUUCCAUUCAACCACAGCUAUAGAGACAGGGCUGCUACUGGCCAUGGCUUUUGACCGCUAUGUGGCCAUCUGUAAGCCCUUGCACUACAACAGAAUUCUCACAUCUCAAGUUAUUCUGAAAAUGUGUGUGACCACUGUAUUCAGAGCUGUCAUAUCCAUGACUCCCUUGAUUUGGAUGCUAAGUCAUCUGCCCUUCUGUGGCUCCACUGUGGUGCUCCAUUCCUACUGUGAACACAUGGCUGUGGCUAAGUUAGCAUGUGCUGACCCCAUGCCCAGCAGUUUCUACAGUUUGAUUUGUUCCUCCAUUAUUGCAGGCUCUGAUGUGGCCUUUAUUACUGCUUCUUAUGUCUUAAUUCUCAGGGCAGUAUUUGGUCUCUCCUCAAAGAAUGCUCAGUGGAAGGCACUAGGCACAUGUAGUUGUCAUGUGGCGGUCAUGGCUCUGUUCUAUCUACCUGGGGUGGCAUCCAUCUAUGUAGCCUGGUUAGGGCAGGACACAGUGCCAUUGCAUACCCAAGUGCUGUUAGCUGACUUGUAUCUGAUCAUCCCACCCACAUUAAACCCCAUCAUUUAUGGCAUUAGGACCAAAAAAAUACGGGAGAGAAUAUGGACAUUACUAAUGUGCUUGUUUUUUGACCACUCCAAUCAAGGUUCAUGAACACAAUCCUGUUCGGACACUCAGUUUUCCAGCCAUAUAUCUGCAAAGAAGCUUUAGAUAUCCAUGGAGCUGGGUUGGUUUACCUAGUAGCACAGAAAUUCUAACAUGAAGCUCUACAGAAUAUUUUUGCAUAAAAUUUCAGCAUCUAGAAAGAAUGUGAAUAUGUAUAAGAUCAUUCCAAUAUUCUGACAUUUUUAACAGUUUCAUUUAACUUGUAUAAGAAGUGUGGGUAGAGAAUACAGAUUUGGGAUUUUCUUUCCCUAGCUUGUAAUCCAUAUUUCCAACAUUACUAUACCUCCACGUGCUCUGCUGUAGAAACCAACACCCACCCAUCAUUCACCGGCCCAGUUUUCUCAGGAUUGUUUCUCCCUCGUGUGACUGCAUGGGAGAAGCUGUUAGUAUAUGACACUGCUUUCUGGUCCACUGAUGAACCACUCCACUUUGGUCAUGUGUUCCCACCUAGAGUCCUAAAUAGCCAAAACGGAUUCUGGCUUAUUUGAGGAGAUACAAACGUGAGAUGAACAUGGAAAGAGGAAAUCAGGCCACAAGAAGUUAUUUAUCCAGAUGGCAUUUAUCUAGAUGCUAGAGAAUGUUUUUGUUGUUUUUUUCUGGUUCCAAUUCACUUUGGACACCGGGGGACAUCCCUGUUAUUUAGUUCUGGAAGAUACCUCUGUAUGUUUUUAAUUUAUCUCUUAUUGUUAAGCUAGGUGAAGUUUGUGUACAAACGAUCACCUUCUUGUUUUCAAGCACCAAGAGCUCAGUCAACACGAGUUUGGUGUUGGACAUCCCUCUUCAUUGCUAUGUAUACCUGCUCUGAGUAGCUCAAUCCUAAAACACAACCCUAAGACAUAGAAGAAGAAGGAUCAAACACAACAAUGAUCCUUCUUGUGGGUACCAUACAGGUGUGUGAUGGGAUGAAAGGAUUAAUAGAUAAGAAUACAAACAAAGAUGUUGCAAUGUCACCAUUCUUCUCCAAGUUCACUGGGUCUUAUAUUGUUUUCACUCUUAAUUUAGCCUUUCAGAAUGUCUUAAAUCAAAUAAUCCAUAUCUGUUAGAAGAAAAAGAGUUCAUGGACAGGAGGUAGUGGCUCAUGGCUGUAAUUCUAGCUACUUGGGAGGCUGGAAUUAGGAAGGUUGUUUCUAGGCUAGCCAGGGCAGAAAAUUCAGGAGACCCCACAUCAAUAAUACCUGGGUACAGUGGAGAAUGCCUGUCAUCCCAAGGUACAUGGGAGACUGAGAUCAGGAAGAGUGAGGUUCUAGUACAGCCCAGGCCAGCAGAAAAAAAAAAGCAAGCCCACAAUCUGAUUUUGUUCUUGUAUUAGGGAUUGCAGAGGGAAGAGUGGUUUUUCACUUUGGGACCUUAGCAUAUCAUUACAAGAUUUUUAAGAGGCUGAUUCCUGCUCUGCCACUAUUUAGAAAUAGAAACAUUCCUGGUAGGUAAACAAGUCCCAUGCCAGCAAAAGAUAUGGAUGCUAUAAUUAAACAGCAUAUCAAUUUAGCAGAGGUAUUACUCUGCUAAUUUACACACGCCUAGAGUUUUGUAGUCCAGGUUGGUCCAGGCAAAACACAAUAAUUAUUCCAAAAAUAACAAGAGCAAAAGCAAAAAAAGGCUGGGGGCAUAGCUUAAGUGGUAAAACACCUGCCUAUCAAAUAUGAGGUCCUGAAUUC